AGCGGGCGCGACCAACGCGGAAGGAAGGGGCGAGGGUCGGCGCGGCCUGGCCCGGCCCGGGGGUGCUGGGCGGCGGUUCCCGCGUGUGGGUGACUCGACCCCCGACGCGGCGGCGGGAGCGGAGAGGGCGGGCCGGCCCCUGCGCCCCCUGUCCCCGCCCAGCCUCACGUCGUCCGGGCGGGCCGGGGACCCCGCGGCAUUUUGCUCCGCAAGCCGGACCCUCCCGCUGCCCCCGCGCCGGAUGAGCAGCGAUGCCGCUCGGCCUGGCCGCGCCCCGCGUGCUCCGCGCCGGAGACAAAGCCCGCGCGUGAGCAGCGCCCUCGGCCCGCGCGUCCUGCUCCGGGUGAGCCUCAAAGCAGGAAUUCUGAAUCCACCUCUUGUCUGAGGACAGACUGCUGCUGCCACUGCUGGCCUCAGUCCCCUGCCCAGACCCGUCACCGUGCUGCCCCUCAGCAGGGGCAGCAGAAUGAAAGAAGGCAUGUCCAAUAGCAGCACCACGAGCAUCUCCCAGGCCAGGAAAGCGGUGGAGCAGCUGAAGAUGGAGGCGUGUAUGGACAGGGUAAAGGUCUCCCAGGCAGCCGCGGACCUCCUGGCAUACUGUGAAGCCCACGUGCGGGAAGACCCCCUCAUCAUUCCGGUGCCUGCGUCAGAAAACCCCUUUCGAGAGAAGAAGUUUUUCUGCACCAUUCUAUAACUCCAUUUGUGAUGAAAACGUCUCCUCUUCUACCCCUGGAAACCCUAGUAGAGCCCGUGCAUGCUCUCAGCCCUGGCCAGCGCAGCCCACACCAUCCCUCCCCCAGGGAUGGAGCCAGGGCGUGUCUCGUCUUCUCAUUUGUUUUCUUCAUAGCAUUUAAUUUCUUGUUCUUUUUGUUUCAUUUUCAUGUAUUGGCAAAGAAAAUAGACAUUUUCGUAGCCACAUAAGGAUGUCACGUAAAAAUACAGAUUUGAGGGUUAAAAUUUUUAAACAUUGAUUCCCAAGCUUAAAUACAUCACAUUAAUGCCUUUCAGGGGAUAACUUACUGAAAAGAAAAACUGUACCCAAAUAGCCCACGGUUUAAUUCAGUACCAAAUUACAGCAGCUUGACACCCUGAAAUACAUAGCUAAAGUUUCCAUCUCCCUUCGAGGAGAGAGCAGCUGUGGGCAUUUUCUAUUUCCUGCAUUUCUCUCAUCCGGUUAUUAAAAAGGCAACGACCCACAGGAUUGGGAUGGUUUUCUGAACACGUGGCUCAGACCCUGGGGUCCUUGUUUCCCAUGCUUCUUAUUGACUACUCCGGAGGUGGUCCUUCCACAAACAUCGGCGUCCUAUGGACGCUGUAGUCAGUGUGGCCCUGAGCGCCCACCAAGUCAUCGCUGUCGGCACUUCAGCCAGGCCCACGGGUGCCCUCUCCCCUCUGCAAAUGCCACUUCCCCCUGCUCCCUCCUCUCUGGCUCUUACUUGGUGAGCUGCAUUAAUAUUAGGGCCUGUUCUGGACACAGUGCAGGCCCCUCCCAGGCUUCACCAGCACAGCCCCUUCUCUGCAGGUGCGAGUCACAGUGCCAGUGUGUGCCACCAGUGAGCCGAGCAUGGAUGUGUAUUAAGCUAUUUAAUCUUCCAACAAUAAAUGUCAUGAGUGCAUGUGUGUUUUAGAGCAAGGGGAGACUGAGGCACAGAGAGAUUUGACCAAGGUCACAGACGGUAAGCAGGGAAACUGGGAUGUGAGUGCAGGCAGCCUGGCCCCAGCACCUUCCUGAACCCCUGAGCUCUGCUGCCUUGCAGUCCGCCUGUUUGCAGGCAUAGAGACCCACAAACAAUCUUAAUGUCACACUGUGAAGCAAACCACUACAGGCCGCUCAGUGGCCCACUUCUCUUCCCACCUUCACCAGGAGGAGGCCUGGCAAGCCCAUCUUCUAGCAGUUUAUGGAAGAUGACGUGUGGAUGUCCCAGGGGAAGGAGCAUCACUGAAUUAGCUCUUGGAUUUUCUAAGACCACCCUGCAGGCUGUGCCUAAAUCAAACGCAAACCACCCCCAGUGUAAGAGGAGAAUAAACCGUGGGCACAGAGAGCUUUGUCUGUGUUUGUUCGAUGCCACUUAUUUGGGAACUGCCUCUCUCCCUGGUUCUGACAGAGCCUCGCCUCUGAGCCAGGGCAGGCCAUUGUGUGCCUGCAAUGUUCUAACCUACAAAUUGGGGAUCAUGGUAAUUACUCCUCCUGCCUCUGCCUGGGAGGAAACAGAGAGAUGCUACCUAGAUGAAAGCUCUGAUUAUCAUUUAAAACAAACGUACUGACUGCCAGCCUAAUGUAGGGAGGAAUGCAUGACUUCAAAGGUACCUGGUUCAGCGGAUGAGUAAGACGAAAUGGCCUGCAAACAGGCAAAUCUAAUUUCAGAUCACUUAAUGACUUGCUGCCAUCAUACAUGGUUUACACAUUUUUAUUCCUUGUUGCUUCUGUUGAACCCCAGUUUUAGUUUUAUUAAGGCUCGCUGAUAAAGCCAGUGUCUAGGAAGCUGUGUGCUCAAACUACGGCAGAACUGCAGGCUGGGGCAACACUACACUUCAGGUCCUUCUACAGCUGGUUUAUGACCAGGAUGUCUCUUCUGUGGUCCAUGUCACCAUCAAUACACUGCUGAAACAAAGCAGUCCAUAAAACACAUCAGAGACGCUGCCAAGGCAGGGUGACAGCACAGAGCCAAAAUUGGGUCAAGAAGAAAGCGCUUUGCGUCUUCCGCCUGCUUCCUCUCCCUUGUCUUUGCCGUUCCUGUCAGCCUCCCCUUCAUUUUCUUUCUUUUUCCUGUUCUUCCUCUCUUCCUUACCUUCCCCUGAGAAAUGUUUUUCUGUCCUUUCACUGCACCUCUUCCUUCCAAACCUAGGGCAUUUUCUGUGGUCACUCUUCCUAAAGGGGUUCCUAAACUCAAUCCCCUCUUUGUACAUGUGGGUUCAUGCACAUGGGCUGUGAGAUACACAAACAUGUGAAUGAGCCCCCUCCCCUUCUAACAAUCACAGUGGAGUGUGGCUGCAGUGGACAGUUGUCAUUUUGGACAGUGGACAGUUUGGCUGUCCAGCAUCUGCCCCCCCUUCCUAUAGGGGGGAUGUCAUCCCUGAGGUACCUACCUCUCACCGUGGAAGCUGGGGUAGAGAGGUGUUCCCCAUCUCUCAGGGGCACCCCUCCCAGCCCUGUACCAGCCAGGGAGUGGUCAGUGACCUGGGUGGACUAUUGGACUCCCCUGCAUGGGGGUUGUGAGCCCAGAGCGAGUGACACAGAGAUGACAGGAUGCUGAGAGUUUCAUGGAAGCCAUGGUGGUCCAGGGGGAGCAGGGUCCUAGGAAGAUCAUUGCUGCCCCACUCCUAGGCCAUGCCCCACAGAUCUGCCUUCAUCUCCACCAUCGCCUUUCUAGUUCUCUGUCAAUGCUAUGGGCCACCAACCUCCAACCAGUAAAUUCCUUAUUCUUCCAUGAGUUGGAUGUAAAUUCUAUAUGACCUAACAAUUCCACUCCAAGGUGUAUACCCAACAGAAAUGUGUACAUACAUGCAUCAAAAGCUCUGCCCUAGAAUGUUCAUAAAGCUUUAUUCAUGAUAACCCCAAACUGGAAAGCACCCCAAUGCCCAUGCCGAAUGGAUAAACCAAUUGUGGCAGAGUCCCACCGUGGGCUCCAACACAGCAGUGAUAGUGACCUGCAGCUACUCCUCACACCAUGGUGUGUAUCUCACAAACCAAGUGUCACUUGAGGUGAGUCAAGAGCACACCACGGGAUUCCAAUUACCGGAGGUACAAAGCCCAGCAAAAUCAGUCCCUGCUCUCUUGAGCAGGAGUAGCAGCUCCUCUGAAGGGGAUGGGUACCAGCAGGUUGCACAAAGGGAGCUUCUGGGACGUUCUGUUUCUUGAUGUGGCCGCCAGUUAUCUGCAUUCAUUUGUGAAAAUUCUUGAAGCUGUACACUUCUGAUUUGGUCACUUUUCUGUGAGUGUGUCAUACUUCAAUAAAAUGUCCGUUUU